CAGUAGACGACGACGACGACGACGACGCUAUUAGACUCCCUCGCAGCUGCUACUCAUCACCACCACCCUUGGGGAACCACGUUUACUCGCGAUGUCGACGACCACUCCUGGAGCUGCGCUGGUGUCCACGUCAAAGGCAGCUGGCGUUGGCGUCUCUCUCUCCCUCCACCCACUGCCCAUCCUCACCAUCUCCGAGCACCUCACCCGAGCUCGAUGUCAGCAGCAAGGCGACGACGACGGAUCCGUACAAGUCUACGGAGCUCUCUUGGGCACGCAGAAUGGUAGAGAGGUGGAAGUACACAACACAUUCGAGAUCAAGAUCGACCACGCACCCAGUGCACAGGGGGAAGCAGGGCCAUCCACUCCUCCUCAGGUCAACCACACCUUCUUCAAGAGUCGACAAGCGCAAUUCAAGCAAACGUUCCCGACCUUUGACUUUCUAGGCUGGUAUUCCAACGGCGCUCAGCCUACCCAGGCAGACAUGGACAUACACAAGCAGCUCCUGGAGUAUAGUGAGGCCCCCAUCUUCUUGCAAUUCACCCCUUCCAAGGCAGCCAUCCUCUCCUCUUCGCGAGGAGGUGAGCUACCUCUGCAGCUCUACGAGUCGCAAGUAGAGAUGGCGGCUGCCACUUCAGACUCGGUCAGCGCUGAUGCUGCGAAAGAGGCAGCUGCGGAGAAGGCUGCGCAGCUGUACUUUGUAAAGAGCAACUACAAGAUCGAGACUGGAGAGGCGGAACGCAUCGCCGUAGACUAUGCUUCGAAGCCCAGUGACGGUAGUGGCGACGCGGGCGAUACCGGAGCAGUCAUCUCCUCACUGACGACGCAGCAAUCUGCAAUUAGAAUGCUAUCCGAUCGCAUACAGCUCGUGGCCUCAUACAUAGCAGCAGUCCGUCAAGGUACUGCUGCCAGGGACGAAGAGGUGCUAAGGUCCGUCAAGAGCGUCUUGGCUCAAAUGCCUGCCAUGGACAGUGAAGAAUUCAGGAGUGAAUUCUUGAAGGAAUAUAAUGACGUCCUCCUCACCAGCUUCUUGUCGAACAUGACCAGAGGACUCAGCUCCCUUAACGAGCUGGUGGACAAGUUCGAGGUGGUCUCCUCCUCUGUUGGUCGCGACAUGUCUCCCGAUGGGGAGACGGGUGGAGCCGAGAAGGGGAGAGUUCUCAGAGAGAGGCGAGGGAAGGGCGCAGGUCGAGCAUAAGUGGAACU